CCCCUACCUAGCCAAAUCUGCUGGCUCUGAUAGAAAUUCCUAAGGAGACAAGGGGGCAGAGGAUUGCAGCCUCUGCUGAUCUUCCUUCUACAUCUCACAAGAAAAGAGCUGCACCAUCAUGAAACUUAUUUUCUAUUUGGCCAUCCUAGCUGGAACAGCUUUAUUCACGCACUCAUAUGUGCAGAAAGAGGACCCUGCUCCUUACUUAGCAUACCUCAAGUCUAACUUCAACCCUUGUGUGGGUGUCCUCAUCAAGGCUAGCUGGGUGCUGGCCCCAUCCCACUGCUAUUUACCAAAUCUGAGGGUGAUGCUGGGAAAUUUCAAGAGCAGAAUCAGAGAUGGGACAGAGCAGAUAAUUUAUCCCAUCCAGAUUAUCCGCUACUGGAACUACAGCCACACAGCCCCACAGGAUGACCUCAUGCUUAUUAAACUAGCUAAGCCUGCCACCUUCAACCACAAAGUCCAGGUUCUUCCCAUAGCCACCACCAAUGUCCGGCCAGGCACUGUCUGUACACUUUCAGGUUUGGACUGGAGUCAAGAAAACAAUGGCAGACAUCCUGACUUACGGCAGAAUCUGGAGGCUCCGGUGAUGACUGACAGAGACUGCCAGCAAACUCAACAAGGAAGCAGCCACAGAAACUCCUUAUGUGUCAAAUUUGUAAAAGUAUUCAGCCGUAUUUUUGGGGAAGUGGCCGUAGCUACUGUCAUUUGUAAGGGCAAGCUCCAGGGAAUUGAAGUUGGACACUUCAUGGGAGGAGACGUUGGCAUCUACACCAAUAUCUACACAUACAUACCAUGGAUUGAAAAAACCAUUAAGGACAAGGUGAAGUGAAGCUGUGGGUCCCCUCUGCAUCCCAGUAUCUCUGCCAUUGACUAACGGAGCUUACGUGUUCCCUAAAAUAAGAAAAAUGCUCCAAAUAGAAAAUUUGGGAUGAAGCA